CUGCAGCAGCCAUCUGCGCGGCCGGUGGGCGGGCGGGCGGCCGGCGACGAUCCUAGGCUCGGCGGGAGAUGGCCACGUUCUUCGGGGAGGUGGUGACUGCCCCGUCCCGCGCGGGGGUGGACGAGGACGAGGAGGCGGCCGCGGAACGCGAGGAGACCUCGGAGGAUCGCGAGAUUCGCCGGGCGAUCGAAGAGAAAAGGGAAGUUCACAUCAUCUGGAAGAAGACGUCUAAUGAGUCCACAGAAGAACAGUUUCCUUGCUCCAAGUUCAUUUUGGGUAUAGGGCAAAAUGCAGUCGCAUUCUUAUCUUCCUUUGUUCUGAGUUCCGGAUGCUGGGAAAUAGUUGGAUCUGCCAAAUUGUGGAACGAGUGGUGCAGAAUAUCGAACAGAACCAGCGAGCCAGUUCUGCCCACAGAGCCAUUCUGCUUGUUUUAUCGGUUGACUUCAGAUCCCACGGUGUUGUUGUGCCAGUGCAACUGUUAUGUGGCUGAGGACCAGCAGUUUCAGUGGGUUGAAAAGGUUUUUGGAUGCAUACAGAAGACUGAUCUGCAAGUAUUUGUUCUUUCAUCAUGCCCCAUCACCGAUUAUAAAACAACUGAAUCAACAUUAACACUCCCUUCUCCUUUUCUGAAAGCGUUAAAGACAACAGCAUUCAAAGAUAAAGUCUUUUGUUCAUUACUAGAACAGCCAAAUAUUGCACGGGAUCUCCCCGCAGCAGUUCUUAGUUACUGCCAAGUGUGGCAGAUCCCUGCAGUGUUGUAUCAGAAUUAUACUGAUGUCCUCAAACUGGAUUUAAUAUCAAUUGAUGCCUUCAAGCCUGUGCUAUCUUCGAAAGUCCUGAAGGGUUUGGUUAAGGACACAUCAAGAAGCACAGAACUACUGAUGAAAUUAGUGGUGACUAAUGAAAUUGAUCAUAUCUACACGUAAAAUGGGGAAUUAUGCCUGAUGGAUACUUUCAAGCGUCUGUAUUUGUAAACUGCAGCUGCUUUGCUUGGAAGCCUUUUGGGACUGGUGGUGUUUUUUAGACUAUUGUGGAGAGGAGUUCUGCUGACUAAAAGGAAUUAAAACGUGACACUUCUAUUUUGCACAGGUUGGAACCUGGCUUUUUUCCUCCCUCUAGGAGUUUCUUUUCUCAUGCAAGGAAAAAUGCAACAUUCUUCUAUCCAGAACAGUCUUUACUGUAAUGUAGCAAGGGAUGUUGUGGGGGGAGUGAGGCCUCCAGCUGUCACUGAUGGACCACAGAAGCUGGUCAAGCACAAUGUUCUCUCCAUCCCGAGCAUCAGAGAAGAGCCAGAAAAGGGGAGAAGGCACACGAGCUUAGGAAGCAAACACCGGAUGACUGGAGACAGAAGGUCAGAGAAGCUGAGGUGGGGCUGUGGGCGGGCAGGCUUAGUAAAGAAAGGGGUUGGGUCUUUAGAAAAAGAAUGUAGUGGAGAGAGACCUCCAGUGGCGAGUGGUAAAUUCGGAAGUGCAGGAGGUACUCAUGAUUCUGGGUGUGUGUGUGCCCAACCAGGAACAGGAGCACGUAGCGUAACUGCUCAAUUUGCUAGGACCAAUGUGACCGCAGAACUUUAUGCAUAGUUAUCUGGGUACAAAGUCCACUGAAUUCAGCGGUGCUUUUGACUGCUGAGAUUUAACUGGCAAAAUAUGUUGAGCUUUAAUAAAAGAUCCUCAGCUAGCUGAAAUGCAGACUUUAAAUCAGAAAUGUAAACAUUCCAGUCACUAGAGCAGAAGUGGGCAGCUCAUGGCCAUUCAGACGUUUUUGGCUUACAGCUCACCUAUCCCUCACCACUGAUUUCCAAUACUCUCUCAAGCAAUUCCAGCUGCCAGUAAGAAAAUAUGUUAACUAGAAGGGGAGUGGGUACAACAUUGCCUCCUCCCAGACAAACCUUGCUUUGUUACUUAAUAAACAUUUUCUAGAUACAUUCAUUUCAUAGAAUAAAGGUUUAUAUAGUAAGAAAUCAAUCUA